AUGUCGAAGGUAGGUGAGCCGGUAGGCGAAAAGUUGAGGGGCUCCCUCGAUACGCCUCCUGACUCUGGUCAAAUGUAUGAUCCUACUGAUUUUGGGCCCAUUGAUGAAGAAAACGGCGUGCCUAUGCACCCUAAGCAGACGCAACACAAGGGUGACUACAAUACCAAGCUGGAGGACCGCACCGGUAACCAGAAGUUCGGUGUGCGCGUUCGAGAGCAUUGGUGGCAGUUCUGGCGCUUCAAGAAUCCUCCGCCGCCGCCGCCGGAUAGCAUUGACGAUGCAGACCUACUUCCUCUGGGCAAGGCCAAUAUUUUCUCCGACUACACGUACCAUUGGAUUACACCUAUGCUUCUACUGGGCUAUCGACGUCCACUGGAGGCCACUGAUCUGUGGGCCAUGGAUGGACCACGCAAGGCUGAAGUCCUCAGCACUCGCCUUGUCGAGCGCUGGGAGGCACGCGUGGCCAAGGCUGAGGCGUACAAUGCGAAGAUCGUUAGUGGUGAGGUCAAGGUGAAGAGUAGUCUUCGGCGUAAAUGGCGCAAACAGGCAAAAAAGGAAAUGGCGAACAACAUGGGUGGUGAGGCUACGUUGGAGGAGCGCAUGCAUGCCAAAGAAACCAUAUGGCAAAUGCCGGACUUCAAUAUGCUAAAGGGCUCUGAUAUUACACCCGAACUGAAGCGCAUGAAAGAGUUGGCGGGUGAAGCGAAGAGUGGGCACAAGCGUGCGGACCUUUUCUGGGCCUGUUUCGACAUUUUCUGGCCGCAUCUGUUGGAGGCCUUUACGGCGAAGUUGCUGGCUGAUACGGCCCAGAUGACCUCUGCGCUGGUCAUUGAGUCGCUGAUCAAGGCCAUUAUGGAGAACAAGGUUGGUCUUGGAUGUGGCUACGCUGUUGUGAUGUUUGUGAUGCUGGUGAUCGGUAACUUGUUGUCUAACCGUUUCUUCUACAAGAGUCUGUACGUUGGUGUGUUUUGCCGUGCUGCUCUUGUGUCGGGUAUUUUCCGCCGAGCUCUCAACAUGCAGGGCCGUGAUCGAUCUACAGGUAAACUUGUGAACCAUAUCAGUACCGAUGUAAGCCGUAUUGAUUUCGGUGCGCAAUGGUGGCUGCUUGCUUUCACUGCCCCUAUCGAGGUGAUUGUAUGUUUGAUCAUCCUUCUUACGCGGUUCGGUGUGUCUUGCUUGUCUGGUUUCGCCCUUAUUGUGGUUGUGAUGCCCAUGCAAAUGCUGUAUAUGAUGCACCUGUUCACGCUGCGUAAAAAGUCCAUGUUCUGGACAGAUCGCCGUGCGCGUCGUACACAAGAAGUACUUUCAGGCAUGCGCAUUGUGAAGCUCUUCUCGUACGAAUCCAACUUUGUGAACCUCAUUUCCAAGCUGCGCAAAGGCGAGCUGAAGUAUGUGCUGUAUCUGGCGAUUGCCCGUGCUGGUCUUAUGGCUUCGGCUGUGGGUUUGCCUCUCCUGGCCAGUGUACUGGCUGUGGUGACCUACUACUUUGCGCAUGACCGUCAGCUUCAUGUGGAAAAGGUAUUCCCUGCGAUUACCUUGUUCAACCUGCUACGUCUUCCACUGAUGUUCAUGCCGUUUGGUCUUAGUGUUAUUGCAGACGGCUAUAACAGCUUCCUGCGUCUUCGUGAUGUGUUUUACGCUGAACAGCAUGACACGUCGUUGAAUGCGGAUCCCUCGUCGGCGUACGGCCUGAAAAUUGACAAUGCAACGUUUGUUUGGGAGGGCGUAGAUGAAGACGACACACUCAAGCCUGUGAACAACGGUAAGGAGAAGAAGAGCAAAGCAAAGAAGGCCAAAUACAUUCGCAUGUGGAAAGCGCUUCGUCGCAAUCGCAAGAGUACCAAAGCACCGAACAAGUUUACCAAGAUCUUCCGACGCAAGAAGAAAGGUGCGUCGGGGGCGGAGGUCACAGAGACGGUCGUGGUGGAUGAAACGACUACGAAGCCCAAUGAAAAGAAAGAGAACGAGAGCGAUGCUGGCUUUGAGCUGCAAGAUCUCUCGCUGGCCGUGAAGCGGGGCGAGCUGUGUGCGAUCAUUGGCCCUGUGGGAUCCGGCAAGUCGUCGCUGCUUCUAGGCGCGAUAGGCGAAAUGGCUUGCAAAGAGGGCAGCGUGACGUGGUCAUCGAAGCGUGUCGCCUACUGCUCGCAGUCUGCGUGGAUCCAAAAUGCUACACUGCGUGACAACAUUGUCUUUGGGCAGCCAUGGGAUGAGGUGCGGUACUGGGACUGUGUGAAGCGGGCCGAACUGUACUCAGACCUGGCGAUGCUGCAAGGUGGUGAUAUGACCGAGAUUGGCGAGCGUGGUGUAACGCUGUCGGGUGGUCAGAAGCAGCGUGUCAACAUUGCUCGUGCGCUCUAUUUCAAUGCGGAUGUGGUGUGCCUUGACGACCCUCUUUCUGCUGUGGAUGCGCAUGUAGGUAAGGCGCUGUUCAACAAUGCGAUUCUGCCGUUGAAGGAAGAGGGCAAGACCAUUCUUCUUGUCACUCAUGCCAUCCAGUACUUGCCCCAAUGUGAUCGCAUCGUGCUCAUGGAAGAUGGUCGUAUCGAUGAGACUGGCAGCUACGAGGAGCUGAUGAAACUAGGCGGCAACUUUUACAACACGAUGAUGAACUACGGUAUGCUCAAAGAUGAAGAGGAGGAUGCCGAAGAACUGGCGGCGGAAGCUGAGGAUGCCAAGGCGCCUCCCAAAGAGUACAAUCUCUCCGAAUUGAGCAAGCCAGGCCAGGGCAAAACCAUGGAGAGCGAGGAGCGGAACACGGGUGCCGUGGAUGGUACUGUGUGGCUUUCCUACCUGCAUGCCGGCAAGUCGUUGUGGAUCGUGCCUUUGGUUCUCUUGUCAGGUGCAUGCAUGCAAGCGUCUACCAAUCUAUCUUCGUACUGGGUCGUCUGGUGGCAGAAGUGGUACGUCAGCCAUGUAUCGUCGCUGGGUAUCGAAGUGGGUAUCUAUGUCCUGCUGGGUAUUCUGCAGCUGAUCUUCAACUUUGUUAUGGAUGUGGCUCUGGGUCUUCUUACCUUCUUUGCAUCGCGUGCUUUGCAUGACCGUGCGAUGAAGCGUGUCAUUUACUCGCCCAUGUGGUGGUUCGAUACGACGCCUCUAGGUCGUAUUAUGAACCGGUUCGGGAAGGACAUUGACGUUCUGGACAAUCAGCUGAGCAACCUGAUUCGUCAGUGUGCGUCGACGGUCCUCUCGAUUUUGGGUGCGGCUAUCAUGAUCAUUGUAUUUACGUACUACUUUGUGAUUGUGGUCGUGUUUGUAUUUGUCGUCGCCUACAUUGCCGCCUCGUUCUACCGCUCCUCAGCCCGUGAGUUUAAGCGUAUAGAUGCAUUGCUUCGGUCUACGCUCUACAGCCACUUUGCCGAGUCACUCUCCGGCUUGACAACGAUUCGUGCAUACCACGAAUCGGACCGCUUCCUGCACGACAACUACAAGUACAUGGACCUGCAGAACCGGGCGUAUUUCCUCACGGUGACGAACCAGCGUUGGCUUGGUCUGCGUCUCGACUUUAUGGGCUCCGUGUGUGUCCUCAUCACGGCCCUGCUUUGCGCGGCGCAGGUCGGCACCAUCACUCCAGCCACGGCCGGUGUGGCCCUGUCGCAGGUGGUCACUGUAGCGCAAACGCUUGGUUUCCUUACGCGUCAGCUCACCGAGCUGGAAAACGAGAUGAAUUCGGCAGAGCGUCUGGUAUUCUAUGCCAACGAGCUGGAGCAAGAGCCAGCGCAGCAGAUCCCUGACUCCAAGCCGCCGGAAUCUUGGCCACAACAUGGCCAGGUAGAGCUGCGCAAUGUAUGGCUGCGCUAUCGCCCAGGCUUGCCGAAUGUCCUUAAGGGUGUCGACUUUAUCGUGCAAGGUGGUGAGAAGGUCGGCAUUGUCGGUCGCACGGGUGCCGGUAAGAGCUCGAUUCUCACAGUGCUUUUGCGUCUGUCAGAAGCCACGGAGGGCUCUGUGCUCAUCGACGGCGUGGAUGUCUCGAAGAUUGGGCUGGAAGAUUUGCGUCGCAGCAUUGCUAUCCUGCCACAAGAGCCGCUUCUGUUCAGUGGUACCCUGCGCUCCAACUUGGAUCCCUUUGAUCGCUUCGACGACGCUCGUUUGUGGGAUGCCAUGCACCGCUCGUAUUUGACAUCUGCCUCUUCCACAGAGAGCCAGCCAGCGACGGAAGCGGUGACGCCUGUGGUCACGGCCGAUGGUACGGUGUUGGAGUCGUCGACCCCUGCAGCUGCGUCGAAAGCGCUGACGCGUCUGACGCUGGACUCCAUUAUUGAUGAAGAGGGUGCCAACCUCUCGGUCGGCCAGCGCAGUUUGGUCUCCCUCGCGCGUGCCCUAGUGAAGAACUCCAAGAUCAUUCUACUGGAUGAGGCUACGGCGUCGGUGGAUCUGGAUACUGAUGCGAAGAUUCAGCGCACCAUUCGCACAGAGUUUGCUGACCGUACCCUUCUAUGCAUUGCGCACCGUCUUAGCACGAUUAUUGGCUACGAUAAAAUUAUUGUCAUGGACGAUGGCAAGGUGGCCGAGUUUGGCUCGCCUUUGGAUCUGUUCGAUACACAAGACAGCAUUUUCCGUGGCAUGUGCGAACGCAGCAGCAUCAAGCGCGAGGAAGUCGUCACGGCCCGCGCUCAUCAGUAA